CCUAUAUAUCGACACAGUUCGACUCCAAACCCAUUCUCUAUUUGUUAUUUCUCUCUAUCAAACCCUAACCAACACCGAUCUCAGCUCUGUUUUCUCAUUUUUCUUCAUCAUGGCGGAGACCGAGACGUUUGCCUUCCAGGCUGAGAUCAACCAGUUGUUGAGUCUGAUCAUCAACACCUUCUACAGCAACAAGGAGAUCUUCCUCCGAGAACUUAUUAGCAACUCUUCCGAUGCCUUGGAUAAAAUCCGAUUUGAGGGCUUGACAGACAAGAGCAAGUUGGAUGGACAGCCGGAACUCUUCAUCCAUAUAAUUCCUGACAAAACCAACAACACUCUGUCCAUAAUCGACAGUGGUAUUGGCAUGACAAAGGCUGAUCUGGUAAACAAUCUUGGUACAAUUGCAAGAUCUGGAACCAAAGAGUUCAUGGAAGCCUUGGCUGCUGGUGCUGAUGUGAGCAUGAUUGGGCAGUUUGGUGUUGGUUUUUACUCUGCUUACCUCGUUGCUGAGAAGGUCGUUGUUACCACAAAACACAAUGAUGAUGAGCAAUACGUGUGGGAGUCUCAGGCUGGUGGGUCUUUCACUGUCACUAGGGACACCUCCGGUGAGGACCUUGGAAGGGGUACAAAGAUAACCCUCUUCCUCAAGGAGGACCAAUUGGAGUACCUGGAGGAGCGCCGUCUCAAGGACUUGAUCAAGAAGCAUUCUGAGUUUAUCAGCUACCCUAUCUCUCUCUGGACUGAAAAGACCACUGAGAAGGAGAUCUCUGAUGAUGAGGAUGAAGAAGAAAAGAAGGAUGAGGAAGGUAAGGUUGAGGAUGUUGAUGAAGAGAAAGAGAAGGAAGGGAAGAAAAAGAAGAAGAUCAAGGAAGUUUCACACGAAUGGAAUUUAGUGAACAAGCAGAAGCCAAUCUGGAUGAGGAAGCCAGAAGAGAUCACCAAGGAAGAGUAUGUUGCCUUCUACAAAAGUCUUACCAAUGACUGGGAAGAACAUUUGGCUGUUAAGCACUUCUCGGUUGAAGGCCAGCUUGAGUUUAAGGCUAUUCUAUUUGUUCCUAAGAGGGCACCCUUUGAUCUUUUUGAUACAAGGAAAAAGCUCAACAACAUCAAGCUCUAUGUCCGCCGUGUCUUCAUCAUGGACAACUGUGAGGAGUUGAUCCCCGAGUACCUGAGCUUUGUGAAAGGCAUUGUUGACUCUGAAGACCUUCCCUUGAACAUCUCCAGAGAAAUGCUGCAACAGAACAAGAUCCUCAAGGUAAUUCGCAAGAACCUGGUAAAGAAGUGCAUUGAGCUGUUCUUUGAGAUUGCUGAGAACAAGGAGGAUUAUAACAAGUUCUAUGAGGCCUUUUCUAAGAACCUCAAGCUUGGGAUACACGAGGAUUCCCAGAACAAAGGAAAACUGGCUGAGUUACUUCGAUACCACUCUACCAAGAGUGGAGAUGAGAUGACUAGCUUGAAGGACUAUGUGACAAGGAUGAAGGAAGGACAGAACGAUAUCUAUUACAUCACUGGUGAGAGCAAGAAGGCUGUUGAGAACUCCCCCUUCCUUGAGAAGCUGAAGAAGAAGGGGUAUGAGGUUUUGUUCAUGGUUGAUGCCAUUGAUGAAUAUGCAGUUGGUCAGUUGAAGGAGUUUGAAGGGAAGAAGCUUGUGUCUGCAACCAAGGAGGGUUUGAAGUUGGACGAGAGCGAGGACGAGAAAAAGAAGAAUGAAGCUUUGAAGGAGAAGUUCGAGGGUCUCUGCAAGGUGAUAAAGGACGUCUUGGGAGACAAGGUUGAGAAGGUUGUAGUGUCAGACCGUGUGGUGGAUUCUCCUUGUUGUUUGGUUACUGGGGAGUAUGGAUGGACUGCCAACAUGGAAAGGAUCAUGAAAGCACAGGCACUGAGAGACUCAAGCAUGGCUGGCUAUAUGUCUAGCAAAAAGACCAUGGAAAUUAAUCCCGAGAACCCCAUCAUGGAAGAGCUCAGGAAGAGAGCUGAUGCUGAUAAGAAUGAUAAAUCAGUAAAAGAUCUGGUUCUCUUGUUGUUUGAGACUGCUCUUCUCACUUCGGGUUUCAGUCUUGAAGACCCCAACACAUUUGGCAAUCGGAUCCAUAGGAUGUUGAAGCUUGGGCUGAGCAUUGAUGAGGAUGGUGGGGAUGCUGAUGCGGACGCUGAUAUGCCCCCACUAGAGGAUGCUGAUGCUGAAGGCAGCAAGAUGGAGGAAGUUGACUGAAAUCUACCACAUCUCUAAUAUUCUAAUCUAGGUAUUCUAUGAUUUGUAUUUUUUUUAUUCGCCUUUUCUUUCACGAGGAGGAUUAAGGUUGGGRGUGAAGAACCUGACAAAGUACUACUUUUUUUUUGGUUAGUGGGUUAUGUUUUUGUUUUCGUUUCCAAUUAGUGAGUGGUUCAUGGAUGGCAGCAUAUUUUCAUAUUUUAGUCUUUUAAUCGUCGCAGGUGGCUUCUGAUGAGCUUAUCUUCAUUUUA